UUGUCUCUUCCUUCUGUCUGCAACUAAGUGGGAAAUGAAGAUUAAAGAUCUUCCUGUCACCUACCUCUUAGCUCUGACCCUUUUGUUGUCCUGCAUUGAAAGUUUAAAGACAUGUGAUAAAUUCUCUACUACGCUAAACCGGAGUAGUUUUCCGGCUGGUUUUCUAUUUGGAGCAGGAUCAAGUGCUUACCAGUCUGAAGGAGCAACAUAUGCAGACGGCAGGAGAAGAAAUAUCUGGGAUACUUUUGUGAUUGAACAUCCAGAGAAAAUUUCAGAUCACAGUACUGGAGAUGUAGCCGAUGAGUUUUAUUAUCUGUAUAAGGAGGAUGUUGCUCUGAUGAAAGAAAUUGGUUUGGACACUUUCAGAUUCUCCAUCGCCUGGUCCAGAGUAUUACCUGAGGGAAAAAUCAGUGCGGGAGUGAAUUGGUUGGGUGUCAAAUUCUACAAUGCGCUCAUCGAUGACCUCCUAUCAAAUGGGAUAGAGCCCUUCGUCACAAUAUCCCACUAUGAUGUUCCACAGACACUGGAAGACGCAUAUGGUGGAUUUUUAAGCCCUGAGAUUGUAAAUGAUUUUCGUGACUACGCUGAUUUCUGCUUCCAAGAAUUUGGCGACAGAGUAAAAUACUGGAUCACUAUAAAUGAGCCAAAUUUAUUUACUUGCUAUGGGUAUGCAACUGGAAUACUUGCACCUGGUCGUUGUUCCAACUAUAUCGGAAAUUGCACACAAGGAAAUUCUGCAACAGAGCCCUAUUUAGUAGCCCACCACAUUAUUCUUUCUCAUGCAACAGCUGCAAAUUUAUACAGGCAAAAGUAUCAGGCUUUUCAAAAAGGAAUAAUCGGGAUAACACUAGACACCGCUUGGCAAGUACCUAAAUAUCAAACAGUUGCCAACAGAAAAGCUGCCUUAAGAGCUCUCGACUUUUAUAUUGGUUGGAUUCUUCACCCAAUGACAUUUGGUGACUACCCAAAGAUCAUGAGAAAAAUAGUUGGGAGUCGACUGCCCACUUUUACAUAUGAACAAUCCAAUUUGGUAAAAGGUUCUCUUGAUUUCCUUGGAGUGAAUUACUAUACAUCGAAGUAUGCAGAAGAUAGUAAUUCUAGCAGCAUCCUCUUAAGUUACACAACAGAUAGUCAUGUUAAUAAUACUUAUGAGAAAAAUGGGAUUCCUAUAGGUGAACCGACAGAUGUUAGCUGGCUUUAUAUAUACCCGAAAGGAAUUCGAGAAAUUGUACUGUAUAUUACAAAAAAAUACAACAGUCCUCCCAUCUACAUUACUGAGAAUGGUAUGGGAUAUACAAAUAAUAGGUCAUUGCCAGUAGGUGAAGCCCUGAAGGAUAGCACGAGGAUAAAAUACCACCAACUUCAUCUAUCAUAUCUCCUACAAGCUAUCAAGAAGGGGGUUGACGUUAGGGGAUACUUGAUAUGGUCAUUUCUUGAUGACUUUGAAGGGGCAUCAGGUUACACUGAACGUUUUGGCCUCACUUACGUGGAUUACAACAAGAAGUUAACACGAUAUCUUAAAAAUUCUGCUUUGUGGUACAGAAAUUUCCUUCAAAAGGAAACUACAACCACUGAACACCCUUUUUUGUUAUUCUCUAUGUAAUUGAAUGUGCUCACUUCUGAGACGCCAUCAAUAUAGUAUAGUGCAGAUUCCCAGUCGUCAAUAAAGCUAAAGCACUAAAACUAGCCCACCACCACCUAACUUUCUGUACAAGCACAGCAAUAAUGCGUAUAUAUCAUUCAUCUUCCAAAUUAAUCAUCCAAAAU